AUGGAGCCGAUAGCAGCGGCCACUGUACUGGCCGCCAUCUCAGUGUUCGGGACGGUCGUCAACUCGCUCGUGUUCUGUGUGUUCUACAGGCGGCCGUCGCUGCGGUCCAUAUCAAACAGGUUCGUCCUGUCGCUGACAUCAGCCAACCUGAUCGCGACGGUCCUGGUGGGGACCAUCCAGGGCGUGCGUCUGGCCAAGCGUCCCUGGCGUAUGGAGGCGUCCGAUGGACUGUGUUUCGACGAGGGGUGCCUCGACGAGGGGCGCUUCGACGAGGGGCGUUUCGACGAGGGGCGCCUCGUGGGAGGCUCGGUCCUCACGCACCUGCUGUGCCAGGGGGGACGGUCCCUCACCACCCUCGCCAUCCAGGCCGCCAUCUUCUCAGUCCUCAUCAUCGCAGUCGAUAGGGUGUUACCAAAAAUAGUUCGCGAGAACGUGACACGAGAAGUGUUUAACAAGUUUGGGUUCUACUACACCACCUUCCUGGCAUUCAGUGGACUCAUCGCACCCUUUUUUGUUUUAUGUUGGAUUUACAUAAAAAUGUACCAAACGGCACAAAAAAAUUCGCAGCGUACACGUCGCCACAGCUUAGGGGCCAAUCCUCAGGAAUUCAUUCUACCAGAGUGUCCGUCAACUCCCGAGUCCACCACAACCAAUUCAGUGAAGGGUAAAACUCGUGUAUGUCGCAAGCGUUCUGCCAACAACAGCAACGUAUCUUUGUUCUUCCGAGAGGAAGGAAGAGCAGUCAAGACCGGCGUGAUUGUUACUGUUUCGUAUCUUGUAUCAUGGGUGCCAUUUUACAGUUAUAAGAUCGUAGAAACUAGUCUUUGCCACCAUCCAUUCGUAGAAGAUUUUGUGGUUAUAUUAGCUCUGUCCGCAACAUGCUUCUUACCUUUUAUUUAUGUAUAUAGAAACGCAACGGCUAGGAAGGAAGCCUUGAAAAUAGUUUGUUGGUGGAAACCAAUCGAAAUUCCAACACCUGCCCUCAGUCGGCACAGUGUUCAUAAUCGCAUGAGUAACGGUAAUUUGGAAGUUCCGUUACCAGUUCGAAUCGUUGAGCCUGACGGUACUUCACUUUAUAGCUACGCCGCUGAAUGCACGGAAUGUGGAGCUAAUCAGCUUGUCAGCGCACUGAAGCAUUAUCCUCCACCCUCACCUUGCGAUCAGAUAGGCCGGGUUACUGGCAUGCCGCGACGCCAGAGUACCGUGUCGUUCAAGUUGAAUCCUACGGAUGGUCCGGUUGCUCGAUGCCGGCAAUGCCUGCGACAAGACUCGGCUUCAUCAGCUUCGUCUGACGAUCCUUUACUCUUAGAGCGAUGGAGGUAUCCUAGACCAAGCAUGGCAUCAGUUAGAUGGACCAAACAUAGACUUUCAAAUGGAUCGGUGACCACUAGAAGCGAUUCAUUGGCUUCCACAAACUCUUCCGUGAUAAGUUAUGGGAUCGCUCGUAUUCCUCUACGUAGGUACUCGGCAAUUUCUACUGACACAGGAGACACAAUUUUGAAGAAAAUUAGCGCUGAAGAUUGUACUAUGGCGGAUAUAGCCAUGAGACGUUACUCAUGCCAGCGGUCGUUGUACUCAGAAGGACGGGACGAACUGAGCGAAAUCGACGAAUCGAUUGAAUUUCAUGGGUAUAGUAAUCCUUUCAAGCACUGCAAUGCAUUUCUUCACCCCAAUGUGAUUAGUUCUAGCAGCUUGAAGUGGAGUGCGCACGAUAUAUUCGAUUCACAUCUAGAUUGCAAAAUAAACUGCAAUGGGCAUUCGUCCGCUCCUAACAUCGAGCGCCUGCAGCUCCCCUUAGAGAACGGCCGUCCUCUGAAAGAGCAUUUGUGUCAAGUACAUCCUCAUCCUUUGAUCAGUUUUAAAACUCUCGCUGAGCCGGAAAAGAUGUGCAUCAACGGAUCGCCGGAAUUCGCAGGAAAGCUGUCACGGAAAGUGCUUCAAAGAGCCACCAGUAAUCCACGCUUUCUGCGGAUCCCCGUUGUAAAGACCCGGAACAAUGGAAUAAGCACGAGGCUCGAAAAAGAUGGCCUUGCCUUUACAAGCGACUCUAAUCUGAACGAAGGAAAGCGGCAAGUUAUCAAGGAAAGUCGUUCAGCGGAAUGAAAUCUAUUUUUGUUAGCAGGAAGUCAAUGUUCGGGACACAAUAUAAGGAAACUGCAUGGACGAAUUGUGACUUACAAUUCACCUGCCUAUUAUUUUUAAGGAAUCAUUUUGAAUUCUGCCAAAUAAGGUACGUAGGCACAGCGUGAAGACCAAACUAUAACAAAUUGUUAUUAAUUGCACAAUAUUGAUGUUUAAUGCUUAUCUCAUAGCGAUCCACGCAAUUAUACACUUAAAAUAAACAGCAUUACGAUACACGAAGAUUAUGUGUGCACCGGCUACGUCAAACUUCUGUGAUAAACCAAAACAUUGAUGUUUUAUUAUUGAUCCUUGGUGUUAUAUUAUAAUUCAUCUACCACGUAGCAAAUGUAUAGAAAUUUUGAUGUAAAUAAUGUAAGUGCAAAUCUUAGGAUAUAAAAUGUCUUAAAAUUAAUUCUGCAAAAAUGAAAUUUCAAUACUCGCAUUUAAAGAUAUGAUUAAUAUUUAAAUUUGCAUUUCUAUACUAAUUUGAGCAACAAAAUCCGUAUUCUCAUUAGUUUCGUCAGAAGCAUCAACGAAACCAAAUUAAAACUUGUACAGCCUUCUGGAGAUAAUAGGAUUUUA